CUCUAUUUACAGUUUCCAGCCCAUGAAUGUUAAACAUUGAAGAGACAAAGUUAGAAGAUGCACUUAUUUACUAACAAGAGCACAUAAAGAAUUUGAUAUGAGGUUUAAUUCGAAGGAGUUGGUGCAUAUGGCACAGAAUGGAGUGAAUUUUGAUAAGGAAGGGGUGUUAUUGAUGAAAGAAAGACAAGAUACUUUGUUAAAGAAAAGAGAAGCAUAUGUUGAAAGAUAUUUUAGACUAAAAGGAAAUUUGCUGUUUUAUUUCAAGAACAAAGACUCUAUUCAAAAAUCAGAGCCAUUGGGAUUAAUGAUAUUAGAAAGAUGUACUGUUGAAUUAGAAUCUAAAGAAGAAAUACCUAAUGCGUUUGUUAUGGUGUUUGAAGGAGAAAACAAUGUGUUUAAAUUUGCUGGUGUUUCUGAAGAUGAUAGAGAUGACUGGAUAAAGAGUCUACAUAUAGCCAGUUAUGAGUGCCUGAAAAUGCAGCUUGAGAGUCUGACUGAUCAACUACAAGGCAAAACUGGUAGUAAUCCAUUCCCACAACAACCUCAAGCUCAUUCUGGAGUAGAUUUAGACAGUCAUUCGGAAGACAAUAUUAAUGAAGAAAGUAUUUUAGAAGUGUCUUUAGAAUGUAGUGAUUUACCUUGUGAUAGUAGUGGUCAGUUGCCUAAUCCUUUAUUAGUUUUACAUACAUUAUUACCUCCUGAUCAAUUAUUAUGGUCUCCUCAUAAUCAUACAGAAAUAGUAGAGAAAAAUGGUAGUCCUCAGUUUUUAAAGACAGUUGGUUUUGGUGAUAGUGAAAAUGUUAACUUAAUGACCAGAGUUAAAGUCACUGUCUACCAUGUGGUUGAAAGAAUGACUGGAACUAUGGUACAGUUAGGACAGUCUAUAUUUACAUUACAAGAUGUGGUCACAGCUGAUGAUAGUACUCUAACUGUUACUAUCAAAUCACCUGAAUUAAGAGAAUGUGGUAAACUGACCAUAGUAGCUUGGACUAAUGGUGUACUACCAAUAACAUCUAAAUUGCAAAGUCCAACAGGAAGGAAGACUAAGAGUGAGAUAUUUUGUAAAUCUAUAAGUAAACAAGAUUAUUCACCGAAAGAUUUAUUUGAGAAUGUUAUUUGUAAAUCUUAUAGAUUUGCCACUAAUUCUCAGAAAGAGAUUCUCCAAGUACAUGAAUAUAUGGCUGAAAGCAAAUGGUCUGUAGAUAUACCUCAUAAAUUAUUAAAAUUACUUAUACAAGAAGAAAAAGAGAAAAUAUCAGUUUUACAAGGUAUGGGGGAGUUGAGUGGUGAAAAUAAUCAAUUACGUCAAGAAAUGGGUGAUUCCUGCAUGAUAGCUAUAUCAAAAUAUACUCAGUCCUUAGCAACUAUUUCUAUAGCCAGUGAUGAAGGUAUGUAUUAUAAGAGAAGUUGUGAUAAAGAUAAAAGAGAACUAGAAUUUAUACCAGUUAAUGUACAUUUACAAAGAAUAGCUGUUGGUACAGAAGGCUCAAAACAAGGGACAGUGUAUGAUUCAAUUACAACAGGUGCUUUUACAGCUUACAGUCAAAAAUAUAAACAUGGUGGUCUGAAACGUGUACUACAAUCUCAAUUAGACUUAUAUACUCCACAAAGUACACUAGGACAGCGCACCAAGUUACAUCAAGCUUGUAGUAUAUUGAGUGAACUCUCUGAAUUAAAAUAUGUUAUUAACCUGGGCUGUGAGAAACUAUGUCAAACUUUAUCUAACAGUGCUACAGACCAUGUUCAGGCCAAAAUAGACUUUAUUGCAAAUAAGUCGAGAAAGUUGGUACAGUUAUGUGAUGAUCAGCUCUUACAGUCGUCAUCAACAGAAUAUUCUCAAUCUAAAACCACAGCUAAUGAUGGGAAAGAUACUGCGGCUUCAUUGAGUCAGAUGAAAGAAUUGAAAUCUAAAGAUACACCUUCACCUUCAGCACCACAACAACCUACUUUUAAAUCUAAGACUGUUGAACCUUGGGAAGUGACAAGUUUGAAUUUAGAAGCAGCAGUAGUGUGUUUAAUUUCUAAAGUAGAAGAAAUGUUAAAAUAUAGAAAAGAAGAAGAAUUAGAUACAAGUAAAUGGUUAAAUGAAAUCAGUCCAGCUAUAGUUAAAUUACAAAAAUUUGUUGAUAUUGUUUCACAGAGAGCUAAUUUAUUUCUUACAUUUCUUUCAUUAAGGGAAAACAGAUUCAAUAUAAAGUUGAUGCAUGCUGUAAAGUAUAGAAGAGAUAUAGUGCUUACACAUACAAUUUCAACGCUUAUAACUGGAAUUAUAUCAAAAUUUCAUACCAAUAUUAAAAAUACAGCCUUCUUCAAUCAAAUAGCAGAAAUUGGUUUAUUAGCAGAAUUUGAAAGUUUUUUAAGUUGUUAUGGUGAUGAAAUAGCUAUGAUGGAGGAUAUGAUAAUAGGUGUAGAUGAUUUAUCUAGUGUCACUCUAUCUUUCUCUAUUUCUUCUGAUGGUACAAUAAAUCCUACAUUAUCUUUAAAAAGAUGUCUGAGGAGUGGCAAGUUUCCUGACAUUAACAGGCAUUGUAUACAUAUUGACCUUGGUGUAUCAGAAGACAGCUAUAAUCAGUUACCUAGUACUGUACAAACAGCAGAAAAUAUUCGUAUAGUACCCUUAUUAUUUAAUGUUGGUAUUAAUGAAAUGGCUACAUGUGCUGAAAAGUUUGGUAGUACAGGAUUACAAGAUAAUAUAAAUACAAAAGGUGUUACAAUACUAGUAAAAUAUUAUGAAGAUUAUAUUAAACACUUUGCUAACCCAGAGGAGAAACAUAUACAAGAUGAAUUAAGUUUAUUAGUUAAACAAUUACAGACCAAUGUUUUAUCAAAAAAAAAUAAAAAUGUUGAAAUAUUACAUGUAGCUUCAGAGCUCUGUCGCAAAUUAAAUGGUAUGAAUUUUGUCAGUUGUAAAAGUGGUAAAGAUAGAACUUCCAUGGGCGUGACAUUACAACAAGUACAAAUAUUACAACAAGAACAUGAUCUGGCCUCUCAUGUAUUUUGGCAGGCUCUAGAUUGUUUUAGAAGUGUUGGUUGUAGAAGAGAAAAUACUCUAAAGAAUACUGGUAUUAAAAAAUAUGCCUUUAAUAGUCUUCAAUUACUUUCCUUUCCUAAAUUAUAUAAACCUCCCGCAGGUACUUAUGGUAAUGUCCAAUCUUAG